AUGAGGAACACUCUCUUCCGCAUCCCGUACACGGAUCUUCUGCCUCCGUCAAGCAUCACGCCUACCUCGGCACGCUCUCUCCAGGGCGGCGUCGACGCUCUUCAUCGGUUCUUUGCCACCCCGUCCCCGGCCCAUUUACCUACUUCGACCGUCGUCAUCACCGGCGCCGGCUUGUCUGUGGCCUCGGGUCUCGCCGACUAUCGCGGGGUCAAUGGCACUUACAAGGUGAACAAGGCUUACCGUCCCAUCUACUACCCCGAGUUCCUCAAGAAUCAUGAAGCUCGCAAGCGAUACUGGGCGCGAAGUUUUCUAGGAUGGUCUAGUCUUGACAAGGCCUCGCCCAACACGGGUCACUAUGCCGUGAGGGAUCUCGGCCAGCUUGGACUUGUCCGCUCUGUGAUUACCCAGAAUGUUGAUUCUUUUCAUCCUCAAGCCCAUCCCGACUUGCCUACCCUUGAGCUACAUGGAUAUCUAAGAUCUAUCAUCUGCACGACUUGCAAAUCCGAGUUCUCGCGAGACGAGUUCCAGGCCGAGUUGAGCCGCCUCAAUCCACGAUGGGCUGCUCUACUGAAGGAGGCGCUCGCAUCUGGCGCCUUGGACACCGAAGACCCGGAUGAGCGGAGGUUCAGAGGCAUCAAAGUGAACCCCGACGGUGACGUUGAUCUACCAGACGCCCCUUACACGACCUUCAGAUAUCCGUCCUGCCGCAAGUGUUUGUCAAAUCCGCCCACCCAACCCGACGGUCAUAGACACAUCGUUGAGGUUGAUUCAGAUGGUGCCUGGGCGCAUCCCAGUACUGCGGGCAUCCUCAAACCCGCCGUUGUCAUGUUUGGAGAGAAUAUCAACCCCGCCGUCAAGGACGCGGCUGAAGAUGCUAUUGACAACGCAGGGAAGCUACUCGUCCUGGGUACAUCCCUCGCAACAUACUCCGCAUGGAGACUCGCUAAGCGCGCUCAAGAUCGGGGAAUGCCCAUGGCCGUUGUCAGCAUAGGCGGGGUGAGAGGCGAGGACGACUUUUUCAAAGAGCUCGACCCUAACCAACAGGGCGAGCAAGGCGUAAGAGUUGAGUUGUCGACCGACGACCUCCUUCCGGCCCUUGUUUCGGAACUGCGCAAAGACGCAGCGGUCCUAUCGUCCGGAACAUCCACAUCUGAUGCUGUACCAGGAAACCAUGGCGUUUUUAGGGACAUGCUUUCUUGA